CUCAAACUGACAAGUGCUGAACGACUAAUUUGUCUACAAGUUAGUACUUUGUAGUUGAACAUAGUUUGUCGAACUUUUGAAGGUUGUAUCUGUCAAUUUAAGGUUAUUCCAAAAUAUUGUAAUUAUGACGACGGUAAAAGUUGCAAAUGAACAAGAAUUAAUCAAAAAGUUAUCUUCGUAUGUAGAAAAAAUUUCAAACGAUUCUAUCAACAACCGGGGAAAAUUUUUCGUCGGUCUUUCCGGAGGAUCAGUGGUGAAAUAUCUGUGUGAAGGAUUACCAGGUAUUAACACAGAUUGGUCAAAAUGGGUAUUGGCCUUUUGUGACGAGAGAGUUGUACCAGAAGACAGCGAGGAUUCAACUUUUGGCACAUAUAAUAGACAAUUAAUACCUAAAACUGAAUUAACGAAAGAUCAAUUCAUUGUUAUUAAGCAAGGGGUUACUGCUGAAGAAGCAGCCAAGGAUUAUACUGAGAAAUUGACAGCAUCUUUUAAAAGUAACAAUUUCAAAUUUGACCUCUUGUUAUUGGGCAUGGGGCCAGACGGCCACACAUGUUCACUUUUCCCAGGUCAUCCUUUACUUGAAGAGACUGCGUUAAAAAUUGCACCAAUAACUGAUUCACCAAAACCACCACCGAGCAGAGUGACAAUGACAUAUCCAGUAAUUAAUAAUGCUAGAAACUGCAUCUUUGCAAUCAGUGGUGCCGGCAAAGCUGAAAUGAUAAAACGCAUAUUAAAAAAUAAAGAAGACUUACCUGCAACUAGAGUAAAGCCUGAAGGUUCAUUGUAUUGGAUUGUAGACAAUGCUGCAGCAGAAUAUUUGUAGUAUCUUAUUUAUUUAUUAAAAAAUAGAAGAAAAAGUAACUUGAAGCAAUAAUAACAACUAAAUUCUUCUGACGAUUUUUUGCUGUAAUAUUGUGAUAUAAAUUUAGUGCCUUGUACUACUGCUUGGAUUUUAUAUGGUUUUUUUUAUAUUAUUUACAAUUUGAUAGCUACUGUUAAGUAUGCAUUUAUUGUUGGUUUAUGUGAAGUACAUUCCUGUUUUAAUAAAAAAUAUUUAAGAUA